CAUAGAAAGGCAAGCAAGGAAGCGCACGUGUGGCAACAACUAAGAUGACUACCAGCUGAAAAGUAGCUAUCCGUGGAUUGUCGCUUCACUAGCGUAAGCUGAUUAGCUUCACUGCAGACAUGGAGGGUGCUGGUGGGGAGGCUAGCCUAGAUGUACAGGGGGCGGCGGCGGCAGCAGCACCGAGCCUCUUUGGACACAAACCAAAUUCUGCUAAGCCGGUUUCAGCUUUGCUAGAGGAAGCAGCCCAGCUGAAAACAGAAGGCAAUGCUUUCUACAAGGACAAGAACAUUCGCUCAGCCAUUGGUCGUUAUCACCGCGCUCUUCUGCUCCUGCGAAGCAUUGACUCAGAUGUGACGACAUCAGUGAAAGGGUUUGGGCCUGAGACACCUGUGCUCACACCUGAACAGGAGGCUUUAUUGAGAAAUACUCAAGUGGACUGCUACAACAACCUUGCUGCCUGUUUGCUGCAGAGAAAGACUGUUGAUUAUACUCGUGUGCAGGAGUACAGUCUGCGAGUGCUAAAGUGGCGACCAGGCAAUGCCAAAGCGCUGUACAGGGCCGGAGUAGCCACUCUGGAGAUGGGAGAUGCCGAGACAGCCAAAGAGUACCUCAUCCAGGCCUCUAAAGAGCAGCCUAAUGGUAAAGACCCAGACCAUCAUGAUCUUUCAGAGCAAGUUGACGUAAUAGUUAUAUAGACAUAUAUAGCCAGGUUUUUCUUCCUGCAUAUUACAUUUUUAAGGACCACCAAAGAGGUUAUAACCUUCUCCCAAAAGAAAAAUCUCUAGGGCUCUGAUUGAAAAUAUGUUAGGUUUAAUUUACUAAAGUUUUAACUCAGAUGAGGCCAAAUUUUGGUCAUAACUACAUGUGGAUCGCAAAAAUGGAAGAUAAAGUUUAAAUAAAUGAAGAUAAACAAUUCCUGAUAACAAGUCAGGAAUUGAUGGAUUCCGUUGAAAUUAUUUAUAACAUAGUUAUAAGUGAGCUCACCCCAGUUUUACAUAAAACAUGCAGUAUGGGUGAUGUUUCUGUAUACUAUGACGGCCACUUGGUUGUGGCGUUCCAUGUAUGCCCUUCCUGCUAGCAUCUUGUAUCCUCCUCUUAUGUGCUGGAUUGUCUCAAGGGACAUCUUUACAUAGCCUGCACUUGGGGUCUGGUGUGAUGGACCCCAGCCUCUAUGGACCUUGUACUCAGAGCUU